AUGUCUACACGCACAGAGGUCUCUACGGGGUUGCAGUCCACACUGCAAGCUACUGGGAACUAUGAGCCCAUUCGCGCCGAGGACGACAAGCCUUUUCAAGGACUUGCUCGAGGAGACCGACAAGGUGUAUUGAAGUUGCGAGGAAUCCCCACAUUCACGGACAUGCAAAAGAAGCGACAAUGGAUCCGUGAGCAUAUGGCUGCAGCAUUUCGCUACUUUGGUAACCGUGGAUGGGGUGAGGGCGUUUCGGGCCACAUCUCUGUCCGAGAUCCGGUUCAGCCUGAUCAUUUCUGGUUUAACCCAUUUGCGAUGCAUUUUUCUCUCGUCAGAGCCUCAGAUCUUGUGUUGGUUGAUAGCUACGGCUACGUGGUAGAGGGCGGAAACCAAGCUAUGAUCAACGAGGCUGGUUUCAUGAUUCACUCUGAGGUUCAUCAUGCCCGACCGGAAGUCCAAGCAGUUGCGCAUACUCACAGUAUCUAUGGGAAAACAUGGAGCGGUUUUGGUAGAAACAUCGAGAUGCUUACGCAAGAUGCAUGCAACUUCUAUGGAAAGAUUGGUGUGUACGAGGACCAUGGUGGUAUUGCCCUCGCUACAGAUGAAGGGAAGGCUAUCGCCAAUGCCCUUGGAAAAGAAAACACUGCCGCAAUUCUACAGAAUCACGGUCUUAUUACAUGCGGUUCUACCGUCGAUGAAGCCGCAUUUCUUUUUCACAGCCUAGAGAAGGCAUGUCAUUCUCAGCUUCUGGCAGAGGCUGCAGCUGCAAAUGGAAUUCCCAAAAAGAUCAUUCCUGCGGACGUUGCUCAAUUUACUGCAGAUUCGGUGCAAACUCCGAACAACUUCUACUUGGAAUUUCAACCCGAGUUUGAUUUGAUCGUUCGGCAAUCCGAAGGCGAAGUCCUUCAAUGA